GAGCAAGAGCUCUGGGGCCUAGGCCGUCUGGGCCUGAGGACAAGGACAUCUCCAUCCCCAGGCCGCCACGCAUGGCGGUCUCUGGCCUGGCUCACGGAGGGACACGGGCUCCUCGACGUGGCUGUGCCUCUCCUGCCUGGGUUCUUUUCACUCCCGGGGAGACCGGGGUGGGGUCUCCUCAGAGGUGCUGUGGGCUGGUCACAGAACCUAGUCUGGGGCGGCUGUGCCCAGGAUCCUUACCUUAAUGACACCCACAAACAGGGUGCAUUCCAUACUCCCAGAGGGUAUGAAUUUGGGGGCCUUCACUUCUGCCUCUUGCAUUCAGUGACCAGCCCGAUUCAGGGGUCGUGGGUGGGUGGGCAUGCAUGGAGAUGCCCCUGUGGGCCUCAGGAAUGGCCGCACACCUGUGAGCUGAGUGUCACAGGCCAAAUGCAGGUUCUUGCUGUGCUGUUCUUUCUGGAGUUGAGAUAAGCCUGUAAUUUCUGCAAGGAGUAAGAGACCGCAAAACUGACCCAGCAGGUUUGGAAAAACCGAGUGGAACUGCGGGCAAUGAGUGAGUUGUUGGUCCAUUUGAAAGCAGAUUAGAAAUAGCUGAAGAGCACAAGUGAGGUUGGAAGAUGGGGCAGCAGAGGGUUACCCCAAGCGUGGCCCGUGGGGUGCCUCCACGCCUCCACGGAGGCUAGGGGCCAGACUUGGGGACGCAUGGACAGGGCUCCCAUCUGAAGACAAUGGCCGAGCUGAGCAUUUUCUGCAAUUCUCAGAAUUGAUCAGCGGCACCUACAGGAUUCGGGAGGCCCCGAGGAGCCCCGAGCAGAAAACGCAGAAAUCAUACCAGAACAUCCAGAACCAGACUGGAAGGCAAGUAGGACGGCCUGGGAAAGAAGAGGACGAAAGCAGCUCUGUGUCUCAGAAGACCACACAGCAGGUCACAGCACAUCUGAAGACCAUCGGAGGUGAUCACGGCAUGGGCGCAGCGCAUGCGCGAAGGCCAGUCACCAUCCGACUGGUCUCACUUCUGUGGGUGACACAUCAUCUCUCCUGGAAUCUGGCACUGACUAGCAUGGGGCGGACCACAGGCUGACAGGCAGUGAGCCCCUGACCAUUCUCCCACUGACCUUGGAGCCUGAGGCCGCCGCCCAGGCACACUACAAGGCGUGUGACCGGCUGAAGCUGGAGCGCAAGCAGAGACGCAUGUGCCGCAGAGACCCAGGCGUGGCUGAGACGCUGGUGGAGGCGGUCAGCAUGAGCGCGCUGGAGUGCCAGUACCAGUUCCGGUUCGAGCGCUGGAACUGUACAUUGGAGGGCCGCUACCGGGCCAGCCUGCUCAAGCGGGGCUUCAAGGAGACCGCCUUCCUCUAUGCCAUCUCCUCGGCGGGCCUGACGCACGCCCUGGCGAAGGCGUGCAGCGCCGGCCGCAUGGAGCGCUGCACCUGUGACGAGGCUCCAGACCUGGAGAACCGUGAGGCCUGGCAGUGGGGGGGCUGUGGGGACAACCUCAAGUACAGCAGCAAGUUCGUCAAGGAGUUCCUGGGCCGGCGGUCGAGCAAAGAUCUGAGAGCCCGCGUGGACUUCCACAACAACCUCGUGGGUGUGAAGGUAAUCAAGGCUGGGGUGGAGACCACAUGCAAGUGCCACGGAGUAUCGGGCUCCUGCACCGUGCGGACAUGCUGGCGGCAGCUGGCGCCUUUCCACGAGGUGGGCAAACGCCUAAAACACAAGUACGAGACGGCACUCAAGGUGGGCAGCACCACCAAUGAAGCCACCGGUGAAGCCGGUGCCAUCUCUCCACCUCGGGGCCGGGCGGCAGGGACAGGCGGCAGCGACCCGCUGCCCCGCACGCCGGAGCUCGUGCACCUGGAUGACUCGCCCAGCUUCUGCCUGGCCAGCCGCUUCUCUCCGGGGACCGCAGGUCGCAGGUGCCACAGGGAGAAGAACUGUGAGAGCAUCUGCUGUGGGCGUGGCCACAAUACACAGAGUCGGGUGGUGACACGGCCCUGCCAGUGCCAGGUUCGCUGGUGCUGCUACGUGGAGUGUAGGCAGUGCACACAGCGUGAGGAGGUCUACACCUGCAAGGGCUGAGCUCCCGGUCCGGCCGGCCUGGCUGGUGCAGGGUAGAGGCUGUGCGUGCAGCACUGGGGGUCUGCACUUGCAGGGGCUGAGCCCCCGUCAGGCCCAGCCCGGCUGCUGUAGCGUAGAGGCUGUGUGUGCAGCACGGGGGUGUCUACACCUGCAGGGGCUGAGCCCCCGGUCUGGCCGGGCCCAGCUGCUGCAGGGUGGAGGUUGUGCGUGCCGGGUGAGGGGUCUGCAACUGCAGGGGCAGAGCCCAUGGGUUGCAGCCCUCAACACACUUGGCACAUGGUGGCGGGAGCCCAGACAUUGGCUGACUUGGCUGUCUCUGCCCUUUGUCCCCCCUCCAGAGACCCAGAGGUGGGGAGUGGCCCUGGUCUGGCCCCUGCAUCCCCUUUGUCCGCCCCCACCCCCUGACCUGAGAGCGUUGUACAAUGCUUUCCAAACUCUGUCCAUCCCUAAGAGGCCAGUUCCUGCAGAGCGAAGACCCUCCCUGCUCUGGGCUCCCUCGGAGGAUCAGCAGGUGCACCUUUGUGACCACACAGGGUCCCUGUGCGGCUGCCUGUGGGCUGUCCUGCUCCAGCACUGGCUUAGAGAGUCAAACCACUAGGAGAGAGACAGCCCAGCCACCCAGGUGUGCGGGGGCGGAGGGGUUCCCUGCGGUCCCUUCUUACAUGGAGCGCUUCUCUCGGGAGUGAUAGCGGUGACUUUUAAAUUAUUUUUAUUUAACUAAUAUAUAAUUAUUACUUGUCCAUCCCUGCCCUGUCUCAGGCUGUGGCUCCCCCUACUCCUGGCAGAGCCCGGUCUGGAAGGCCCCUUUCCUCCCUCCCCUCGGUGUCCCCUGCUAACCUCUUUGCCUGAUCUGCUUUGUUGUUUGAAACCACUAAAUCAAGAGGGAUGUUGCUGUUGUUGUUUUUCAAGUAGUAAAGCAGGUUGUGUCUGGCCACUGCCUUCAAGGCUUCUGGGAGCCAGGUGUCUGUAGCCAGGCUUGCUGCCCCUGGUGAGACUGUCCUGGGAGUUGGGCGGACCCUGCUCUGGGCGACUUCGGGCAUUCAGCCCUGCACUCCAGGCCUUCCUAUGUAGGUUUGGAGGCCACGGGUGGCCAAGGAUGGUCUGCCCUCCCUGCAGAGGUGGGCAUGGCAGAGGGGAAAGGAUAGCCCCUGGGAGGGGUCCUUUCAUAGCUUGCUUUGUGUUACUGCAGGAGAAGGCAGUGGAUGGUGACAAUCCGGGGCUAGGAUUUGGCAAGCCGCAGGCUGUUCUCCUUGGCCAUGCUAUUGUCUUUGCAGGAAAGGAAAACAGAUGGACUACACUGAUCUGGUUUGGUUUGAGUGUGUGUGCAUGUGGGCACGAAUGUAUAUAUGUGCAUGAAUGCGCACGUGCAUGUGAAGUGUACGUGUGCAUGAAGGCACCUGCAUGUCUGUGUGUGUGUUGUGUGCACGUGUGUGACACAUGUUAUGUGUGUGCAUGAGUGUGCCUGUGAGCACAUGGGUGCAUAUGUGCUGGUGUGCAUGCAUGUGUGUGUUGUGUGAGUA